AACCCAAUUCCCAAAAAUUCCAGCUUCCUAAGUUGUUGUGCAUUGAAGAGGAAGACAUCUGAAGCAAAAAAAGAAUUUUUAUCUAACAAAAAAAAAAAAAAAACAGACAAAACCAAAGCAAAACCCCUCAAUCAAUCCCUUCUUCCUUUACUUGCUUACUUACCCAAAUACAAUACCCCCAACAACACCUCUCACACAAGUCAUUAUUAUUUGCUGAUUCAUUCAUUCAUUGAAACAAAGAAUGCUUCCUAUGAGCUGCAUUCUUUUAAUGUCCCUCUUGUGUUCUUUCUUACCCCAAAUCAAAGCUUUCUCCAACCUCACCUUACCCCACCAACAUCCUUACCCUGAGGCUGUGGUUCACGAACUUCAUCAGAAAAUCAAUGUGUCAUUUUCAAGAAGGGAACUCCUCUCAAAAGAUCAAGGUGCUUGUUUAACUGGAAACCCGGUAGACGAUUGCUGGCGAUGCGACCCAAACUGGUCCGCAAACCGUCAGAAAUUAGCGGAAUGCGGAAUUGGUUUCGGUCGCGCCGCCAUGGGAGGUAAAGGAGGUCAGAUCUACAUAGUAACAGAUUCCUCCGACAACGACCCAGCAAAUCCAGUUCCAGGAACACUCCGUCACGCCGUGAUUCAAGACGAACCACUCUGGAUAAUCUUCUCCUCUUCCAUGACAAUAAACCUCCGUCACGAACUCAUCUUCAAUUCUUACAAAACCGUCGACGGUCGCGGCGCAAAUGUUCAAAUCACCGGCCACGGUUGCAUCACACUCCAAUACAUCUCAAACGUAAUAAUCCACAAUAUCCAUGUUCAUCACUGUAGACCCUCGGGGAAUACUAACAUACGUGCGAGUCCAACGCAUGUAGGAUUCAGAGGCAUAUCGGACGGUGACGGAAUAUCAAUCUUCGGUUCACGUAACAUCUGGAUCGACCAUUGCUCGUUAUCUUAUUGCACCGACGGUUUAAUAGAUGCUAUAAUGGGGUCCACUGCAAUAACAAUUUCGAAUAAUCAUUUUGGUCAUCACGAUGAAGUUAUGCUUUUAGGUCAUAAUGAUAAAUACACUCCAGAUAGAGGAAUGCAAGUAACAAUAGCGUUUAAUCACUUUGGUGAAGGACUUGUUCAAAGAAUGCCACGUUGUAGACUUGGUUAUAUUCAUGUUGUUAACAAUGAUUUUACACAGUGGGAAAUGUAUGCUAUCGGAGGUAGUGCUAAUCCUACUAUUAACAGUCAGGGUAACCGUUACACAGCUCCUUCCGAUGCAAAUGCUAAAGAGGUGACAAAGCGCGUGGAUACAGAUGAUAAAGAAUGGAGUGGUUGGAAUUGGAGGACGGAGGGGGAUAUAAUGGUAAAUGGAGCGUUCUUUGUACCGUCAGGGGUGGGGAUGAGUGCUCAGUAUGCGGAGGCGUCAAGUGUACAGCCAAAAUCCGUGGAGCAAAUUAACCAGCUUACAAUGUACUCUGGUGUAUUCGGUGAUCCCAGGGAUAAUGGGGAUAUAUAUCCCGGGUUCAACGGUGGUGGGACCACGACAGGAGCCAACAGCAAGGGUUACAAUGGGAAUGGGGGGUCCAGCAAUGACGAUGGGGACUUCUUUGGUAUGAUAUUCAAAGGUACCAGCAGCCAAGCAGCACCGCUAGUACCCUACUCAUCUAUUGUAUUUGUUUCAACUUUUUUGUCUCUUUUAAUUAUUUUCAAUUUGGACAUUAUCACCAACUAUGAUAUUUUAUUAUCAUUACUAUGAUGAUCUCACAAUUGGGGUGGGAAAAGAAUUCCUUUGAUACCAAAAAAGUUAUCAAAGGGAAAAAAGUUCAAAGUUACAGUAAUUUAUUUUAGAAUUUAGAAAUUAGAAAUCAUAUUUCAUUAUGCACAA